AUGUACUGGCUACGGCGCGGCACCAUUGUGCUAGCGCUCUUGUUAGUGGCUUCCUUCAUCGCCUGGUUCGUGCCUCGAGUCCUCGACCCGACCAGCCAUGGUCCAGCGAGACGAGCCCGCGACAGCCUCUGGGUAAGCAGCAGUCCAUACUGGAUUGACCGCCAAUUAUGUCGCUGGCUUAGUCUUUGUGGGCUACACCACUUGCGUCGUGAUCCUGCCUCGCUACCGAACCCAAAUAUGUCGUCCGUCGACGACAUUGAUGACGAGGUGUGGACUGAGCUUCGAAAGAGAUAUGUUAAGCCUCGGUCGUGGGAAGACAGAUCAUCCGAAGAAUCCGAUGCAGAAACGGCCAAAAGACAAGACAAGAAGAGAAAUAUUUUCCAACGGCGACGGAUUCUAAAGGAUAUCCCGGACUACGUUCUCAAGCACGCACCCCUUGUGCACCUGUAUUCGGGCGAGCAGUUCUGGCCAUCGGAUAUUCGCGAGCACGUGCAGCACAUGGAAGUUGUUGUUGAUGAUGAGCUGGUUAACAUCACAGACGAGAAAUUAACACUGGAUAAUCUGCACCACUUGAACAAAUUUAAAGGCGUUGUCACUCUUCACAGCCUGGAAGACGUCGAGACCCGGCCGCCCUGGUUGCACAGCCAUGAGAAUGUUCCCAAGCCGUUCGACGAUGACGGCGACGACAAUGACAACAGCGAGAUUAGCAAUGGCGGACCACCUGCCGGAGGGGAACGAACAACUUGGUUUGAUGUAGACAAGGAUACUCCGUUGCAUCGAAUCUCCGACCCACGGCCCCGCAGCUCCCAGCGCCCACGAUCCCGGUCCGGCCAGCCCCGCCUUCAACGCCGUGGACAUAAACCCGAUGCCAACGGUUACUCCCGAGCUCCUGCUGUUCUCAUCAUUGUGGACAAGGGAUCUGGCAUCGUGGAUGCAUUUUGGUUCUUCUUUUACUCGUACAAUUUAGGACAAACGGUUCUUGGUAUCCGGUUUGGCAAUCACGUCGGUGACUGGGAACACUCCAUGGUUCGGUUCGAAAAUGGCAUUCCCAAGGGCAUUUACUUCUCCGAGCACGAGGGCGGUCAGGCAUAUGCAUGGGAAGCCGUCGAGAAGCGCGGAGAACGUCCCGUUAUUUACUCUGCCGUUGGCUCACACGCCAUGUACGCCACGCCUGGCGACCACCCUUACGUCUUACCCUUCAAGAUGCUCAAGGAUGUCAGCGACAAAGGGCCUCUCUGGGAUCCAGCGCUGAACAAUUACGCCUACCACUACAACUACAAGCUAGGAAAGCACACCGAGAUGGAUGAGGAAUCCGUCGACGAAGAUGGCAACAAGCAACCUCCAAGUCUUAUACCUGCGGCCACCAAUCCCCACGCACCGACAGCAUGGUUCCAUUUCGACGGAUACUGGGGCGAUCGCCUAUACACUCUGGCAGAUUAUCGUCAGUGGCGCCUAUUCGGCCAGUACCACUACGUUACCGGUCCCACGGGACCUAAAUACAAGCAACUCGCUCGAUCCAAGGUAUGCCAGCGGAGCCAGUGCCGUAUCCUAUACAAGUUAGACCCCAAAGGCACAUGGUAUUAA